AUGGCCACCGCCGCCGUCCUUACCCCGCACGACGUUCCGACGACGCUCAACUACUACGCUCCGACCGAUAACUCCACAGAGAGCCCCUAUGCCUACGUGCAGACUCCGCCCGAGGGCAAGCCGCGCUCGAACGUUGGAAAGGACCCGCGCCCCGUGGUGAUCCACGACGCGCGCGGGCGCGAGCACGAGCUCACCCUCGACACGAGUGGCUUCCAGUUCGUGAAGUACCCAAGUGCGGAGAGCGUGUUCGACAACGAGGAGCGCAUCAAGACAGAGUACUACAAGGAGGUUGAGGAGCUGCUGAAGACGGUCGCGGGCGCAAAGCGCGUCUUCAUCUUCGACCAUACGAUCAGGCGCCGCAAGCCCGGAGAUGCUGGGGAGGACACUCCCGAGAACCGCGGUCCGGCCGAGAUCGUGCACAUCGACCAGACCUACGACGCGAGCGUCGCCCGCGUGCGCUACCACCUCCCCGACGACGCCGACCGCCUGCUCAAAGGCCGCGUGCGCCUGAUCAACGUCUGGCGCCCCAUCGCGCACCCCGUCGCGCACCACCCACUCGCGGUGUCCGACUGGCGCACACUCGAUGCGCACGACCUCGUCCCCAUGCGCCUCAUCUACCCCGAGCGCGAGGGCGGCACGUACAGCGUGCGCUACAACCCGGGCCACAAGUGGUACUACCUCGCGGACCAGACGCCGGAUGAGGUCACACUGAUCAAGUGCUACGACUCGGAGGAGGAUCGGGCGAGGCUCACGCCGCACACGGCUUUCCCAGACAAGACGGCGCCGAAGGACGCGCCGCACCGUCAGUCCAUUGAGGUGCGGGCGUUGGUGUUUGACACGGAGUAG